CAUUUUUAUGCUUAUUUCGCUUUUGAUUCAUAAAUUCUGGUUAAUUUCACCAAAGCUAAUGAUUUGACCACGGUUUUGUUGGCUGCACAAUCUGUUGACAUUUACAAGCAUAGUGAAUAAGAUUUAGUAGUGUGAUGAAAUGAAACACUCAGCAUUUUCUAUCCUGUGGAACUUGUUAAAUUUUCAGUACACAAUCGGAUUGCAUUUACAAUGGGGACAUUGUGGAAUAUUUCCAAUCCAUUUCUCAUCUAUUUAGGUAGUUCAGCUGAGGAUUAUAUGUAUUAUGUAUGGGUGAUGUGGAUAUGUUUUCUGAGCUAACCCCCGGAUGAUUUAAUUGCGAAAUUGUCAUUGUCUUUCUAAACAUCAUCAUCAGUGCAUAAUCUUCAAUAUGAAGUGAACUUAUUUGAAUUCUCCAAGAAUGUGAUAUAAUUAUAUCUCCCUACUGACAACCUUUGUCGUGAUUAGCUACUAGUUUAUGCCUUGAGUGAUCAUUUUUAUUGACUUGAAAUUUGGCGCUUUUUGUGAUGUGAUUUAUUCUUUGCAUAUUGGUAAAUCUCAUCUGUAUAUUUGUUAAUUACUGAUUCGUCUGAGUACCAGGUUUCUAGAAAUUCCCUGGCAGUUUUGAUAUUUUUUGCGAAAUGAAAGAAUACAUAUCGUGUAUAUCCACAUCUAGUUUAUGAUCUUGAACUGGGAGUCGAAGAAGGUUGACCAAUAUACUACUUAGUCCAGUUCAUGCAAUUUAUUUUGUCAGUUGUGUUAAUGUUGUCUCCUUUCGCUGUUAGAUGGGCCUUUUGGUCUGCAUAAGAUUUACUAAAUAAGAUCAACUGACCUUAUUUGUGAUAUUUGAAAUGACUAAUUUAAUCUAUGAUUUACCUGAACAACUUCGAACAGUGAAAUUAUGUUCUCCACUGAUUUUUCGAUCACAGUUCAAAGAAUAUUUAAAUGAAUCUCUGAGUAGUACAAAACAAGUACUUAUUGAUCAGUUUAAUGUAAUAAAUACUAAAAGUUGUGAAUUGGAGAAAGCGAAUCAAUUGACGUGUCGUGCUGCAAUUCAUCCAGACAAUUAUUAUUUAAAUCGUUAUGAUGAUAUUUUACCAUAUGAUCAAACGAGAGUUGUUCUACGAAAUACAAAUAAUCAGAAUCUCAUAAGAUUUUCAGAGUUAUCUACAAAUUUAAAUGUUGGUUAUAUUAAUGCUAAUUUUAUAAGAACUAUAGAACCGCCUAUCUCAUCAAAUGACACCAUCCUUCGUGCGAGUAAUCAUUGUGAAUUUAUUGCAACACAAGGUCCAAUUAAAUCGACAAUUAGCGAUUUCUGGUAUAUGAUAUAUACAUUUAAAUGUCCAAUUAUUGUUAUGUUAACAAAGCUUCAGUGCAACAAUCAAACUAUUUGUGAUUUAUAUUGGCCAGAAAAAUUGAAUACUGUUAAACAUUACAAAUCUGCAAACUAUCAAAUGGCAGUCAGUCUGCUUGAAGUCAAUCAAUCCGAUUGUUUUACUAAAAGAAUUUUCAAGGUUUCAUUGUCAAAGAAUCCAGAUGAAUCACACAAUGUUAUCCAUAUACAUUUUACUAAAUGGGAGAAUUUCGGUGUACCAACAACUGAAAAUAUGUGGCAACUUGUCAAAGAAUAUGAUAGUACUUAUCAGUCGAUUGUGAAAAGGUCGAAUGUUUCAUCAAUUGGUCCAACUGUUGUACAUUGUAGUGCUGGAGUUGGUCGAACGGGGACAUUUAUCAGCGUGCUGAUAAUUCAUCGACAUCUUCGAUCAGCAAAUUGUGAAUGGAUCACUCUGGCGAGUGUUGUAUUAAUGUUAAGACUUUGGCGUUGUUGUAUGAUUGAAUUAAAGGAUCAAUACAUAUUCCUUCAUGAAUAUUUUGCCUACAUUUUAAAUAAAGAUGAAUCCCAGUUGAAAAACAAUUGAAUAGCAAAUCCCAUGAUCUGACACAGGAGUCAAACCGCAGUAGCAACAAGAACAACAACACCAACAAAAGAAACGUAUUUCACAGUGUAUACCCUGUAAUAUAUAAAAACAGUUUGUGUCUACCGUGGAGUGGUUUCAGUUUGUAGAAUAUUUCAUUCUAACAUUGACAACAUUGUCGAAUCCAACAUUGUCUACUAAUCGAUAAAAACAUGAUAUUUCAUUUAUAUAAAUUUAUAUGUAAAUAUCUACACAUAUAUUACAUACACAUACAUACGCAAGCACGCACGCACGCACACACGCCCCUCCCCCUACACACACAGACAUGCACACAAGCAGACAAAGUUUUCUUAUUUCCUUAUGUGACUUACAGUGUUGUGAUGUUAUCAUCAAAGUGUAAUGGGAAAAAAAAUAAUAAAUAUACAGAGCUCUAAUUCUUGGCA